AUGUUCAAAGAAAAUGAAAUAAAUUUCUAUGAAAAUGAAAUCGAUUUGAAACAAGUGAUAGAGGAACAGAAACUCGAAACAGCUGACGAGGCUUUAUUCGUAUGCGAUUUGACUCGAUUGAAAGAGAAAUAUGAUAUGUGGACCAAAUAUAUGCCAAGGGUUAAGCCCUAUUAUGCUGUCAAAUGCAAUGAUGAUGGAUUUAUUGUCAAGACUUUAGCAGAACUGGGCACUAACUUCGAUUGCGCUUCGAAAGGUGAAAUAAAACAAGUUUUGGAUUUAGGUGUCCAUCCUGAUCGGAUUAUAUUCGCCCAGCCUUGCAAACCCGUGUCACAUUUGGAAUAUGCCAAGCAAAUGGGGGUUAUGACCAGUACCGUCGAUACGGAAUUUGAAAUUCAUAAGCUGCACAAACAUUAUCCGGAAUCAAACUUGGUCAUCCGCUUCCGUUGUGAGGCCAAGGAUGCCCAAUGUCCUCUGGGUGAUAAAUUUGGUUGCGAUGCAGAAAAUGAGGCCACUUCUUUAAUGCUCUUGGCAAAGAGCUUAAACCUAAAGGUUAUUGGCACCAGUUUUCAUGUGGGUUCCGGUUGUAAUGAUUUACCAGCCUAUGAUCGAGCCAUUACGAUUGCCAAAAAUCUUUUCAAGUUCGGUUCCUUGUUGGGCUAUGAAAUGAAUCUGCUUGAUAUUGGUGGUGGUUUUCCGGGCAGUGAUAAUCAGAAAUUCGAAAAGAUUGCCGAGAUUGUUAACAAAUCAUUGAUGCGUCAUUUUCCCGAUGAUAAGGUUAAUAUUAUUGCCGAGCCGGGUAGAUUUUUUGUCGCCUCCGCAUAUACUUUGAUCUGUAAGAUUCAUGCCAAGCGUGAAGCCCGUUUGCCGAAUGGAAAGCUCUUAACGAAAAUGUAUUAUCUGAAUGAUGGGGUAUAUGGGUCGUUCAAUUGCAUUCUGUAUGAUCAUCAACAUGCUGAGGUGCAACAUUUUGUGGAUGAAGAAAAUGCUGAAGUACCGAAAUUCAAUUCCUUAAUAUGGGGUCCAACAUGUGAUGCAUUGGAUAAGAUUGCCGAAGAUUUACAAUUGCCCGACUUGAAAUGUGGUGACUUUUUGGCAUUCCCCAAUAUGGGUGCCUACACAAUACCCAUAGCCAGUCCAUUUAAUGGUUUUAUGUUGCCAAAGAUUUUGUAUUUCCAUAAAGCAAAAAUUUGACUAAUAUUGGAAA